AUGACGACAGGAGUCAAAGUCGCUGAACAAACUAGUACAGAUUUCACGAACCAAACAACAGAUCUGAUUGCAAACGCUAAAGAAAGAUGUCAGCGAACGCAAGUGGAUGAUGACAUUCGGCUUGUGAAGCUGCGUUGCAAAUCAGCGGGAGAAACACCAACCACGUUCAAGUUGGCUAUGAAACAAACCUCAUCUUUGGUAUCGUUUUUGCACGGUCGAAAGAUGAGUGGUUGUUGGUGA